CUCAUUGCCCAUCAAGGUUCUCACACAAAGUGCUCCGGCCCGCUCGAACAAUCGCCGACCCUCGCCAUUCCGCCGCCCCGCGUCGAUACGGAACACUCGCGAAGCCGUUGCCAGACAGCCGAAAGAGCCCCACGUCGAAAAAUAAUCAAUUCAAUUGAAGCAGUGCCACAUUCGCAUCACGCUUGCUUGUCCUUUUCUUGCUCGACGACCCCACGCCUUCGCACUGCGCGGCUCUGAUCUAUCUUGCUUAUCUCCGCGGACCGUCCGACGCUGGCCUCGCGCCCUAUGCUACCACCAUGAUCCAAGCGGACAGGAACACUCCGGGUGUUCCCCCUCGCGGCGCCGCUUCGGUGUUCUCGUUCGCCGGCGCCGCAACCCAUGCCCGCCAGAUGAACAGCGGGCUGGACAAGGACCUCGUCGGCUACCAAGGCCACACCCACCAGCUCCUCCAGGCCCCGGCUCACGCGGCCAACAGACUCGAUGCCGCGCCGCCCGCCUUCACCGCGGCCGCUCACGACCACGACUGGCUCAUCGCCGACGGCUACCCGGCAUUUCUAGCGGCCGACGCGCCGUCAUGGGACCCCACCGACUAUGUCUACUCGUCCGGGGCGCUGUCCAUGUCGCACGCCGAUGGGUUUGGCCACCUAAUUGGCUCCCACGAUGCCAACCAGGCACAAAGUGAGAGCGCCUUUGGCUGGUCCGCCGUCCCGGAUAGUGCUGCUUCGACUGCCGUCGCGCAUGAGGGUGCCCCCGGCCCGGCCCUGGUGCGCAGGAACUCGACGACCAGCAGCUGCGCAGGAUCCAGCUGUAGCAGCGCAUGCGUCUACGGCGAUCGGUGCGACAUUGCCGAGCCCUGCGAGCUCGGCGACGAGUGUGAACUCGACCAGCCUUGCGAGCUCGGCGACGAGUGUGGGCUGGACCAGCCAUGUGACGCGUCAGACUGCGACGACGAGCCCGUCUGCGUGGACGAGUCCUGUCCAGCCUAUACCUGCGAAGAAACAAAGGCCGCCGCCACCCUAGCCUCGUUCGUCGCCACCGAUGCUGGCGCAACCCCAUCCGCGCAGCGGCAGCACCUUGAACCUUUGCAGGCCAGCCACUCGACGUUCCCCUCGACGUCCUCGGUUGUGCCACAGCACGAUACCGCCCGGAACGCCCACUGCGAUGGCUCCAUGGUAGCACCCAAGGCGGUCAUCCAGCAUCUGAUCGAGAGGCACAAUGAUCCGUCGGCCGAGUCCUGCGUUCGGCCUUGCCUUGUGGACCAGCCACCCAACUACUCCGUCUGCCCCAUGCCGUGCUUGCUGGAACACCCCCAGCUGCACGGCCACCAGUGCCCAUGUGACGACAGCUUCUUCUUCACGGCCCUCGACAGCAACGGCCCGAUGGACUGGGACAACCCUUCGGCGCUGGCAUCAGACUGCAGCGCCCACUGGACAAGCGGAGACGAGCUCCUUCAGCACUGGCACAUGCAGCAUAGGGCCAUGUUUCUUCACCCACACCACCAGCAACACCCCCUCGAUCGCCCUUUGGAACAUGAGUUCGGCGCCAUAUCGUCGCACGGGCGCCUCCAUACGCCGCCAUUCAUACCAUCUCAAGACGAUUCUUUGGCAGUACACGCGCACCACCCACUGGCGUCGUCACCAGCCACCACACUCACCCACGACCCGUCCACCAUCGCCACCCCGCUGACGGGUGCGUCCACAGCCUUUUCCCCGCCGCCGACAACACCAGCCGGCCUCAAUGAAAACGGGGUCGUCCCCAACGAAGGGUCACGAGCUGGUGACCCGGAAGCAGUCGGCGAGGCCUUUCAGUGUCUGUGGUGUGACUCCCCCGGCGCCAGCUGCUGUGGGCAGGUGUUUGACAAUCCCAAAGAUCUCAAUCUCCACGUCAUUGGCUACCACGUCAAGAUGUUGGAAAGAAGCGACGGCGGCUACGUGUGCGGCUGGCAAGGCUGCAAGCGCAGCUCCGAGGGCAAAAAAGGGUUUCCACAGAAGAGCAAGAUCGAGCGUCAUGUGCAAACCCACACGGGAGAAAAACCAUACAAGUGCCCGACUUGCCACAUAACGUUUUCGGCCAAGCAGGCGCUGGACCAGCACGAGCUCAUCCACAAGGGCUCCAAGCCGCUGCCUUGCGAGUACCCUGGCUGCAACAAGACAUUCAGGCAGCAGAGUGCAAGGACCAUGCACAUGCGUACCCACACCAAGGUCAAGCCCCUCGCCUGCAACAUAUGCGGGCGGCGCUUCAGCGAGUCGUCGAACCUGUCCAAGCACCGCAGGACGCACGCCGAGGUCGGUGCCUUCAUGUGCCGCCACCCAGGGUGCAGUAAGACCUUUCACCGCAUGGACCAGCUCCGCCGCCACAAAAAGACCCACGAGACCAAGAUCAAGAUCCGCCGAGGGGGCGCCUACCAGGCCGCCCAAGCGGCCCCGGGCACUCUCGAGGACGACGGCGCCGCCGGCGACAACCCUGGCGAGUCUACCAGCACGUCCCCCGACAUGUCUGAAAGCGAGUCCCUGUGAAGUCGUCCGAGAUGAACACGCAUCCCUUUCUCAAGUCGUCACUGCACCUCAUUCCGCAUUUUAAAAAGGAUACCCCAACCUGCAGGCGUUGAUUUCUUUCUCUCCUUCAUUUCCCAGAGCGUGCUAUCUUGUAUUGGUAAUUUUAUAGUCAUCUUGCUGUUGGAUCUGCACUCCAUUUUCUUUCCCUUCACUUCUCAAAGAGUAUCCCUCAUUUCCCGUUUUAUACCGGCCACCAAGGCUACAUUGAUGCUUAGGACUAAAUAGAGAAAUGAAGCGCUCUCUCAUGGACUUUGGCAAUGUGAGAGAAUGCAUACUGCACUGCAUUGCACGAGGUUCUGGGCUCGAGAUUGUUUU